AUGGACGCGUGUCUGAGCUCCGAGCAGCGGUCCCAGCACCUGCAGGAAGGACCAUGCACCCCGGAUGGCUGCUCCGCGCCGGAGGGGGCUCCCCGGGAGGAAGACACCGGUGGCCCUCCAGGAGGCUCUAACAAGAUAGAACCAUCCCUUCACAGCCUCCAGCAGUUCGUUCCUACAGACUAUGAGAGCUACACUCAGGAGCACUAUCUGUUUGCAGGCACGAAGAUUGUCAUCCAGGAGUCGAUAGAGAGCUACGGCGCGGUGGUGUGGCCGGGGGCUACGGCUUUGUGUCAGUAUUUGGAAGAACAUUCAGAGGAACUGAAUCUCCAAGACGCUAAAAUUCUUGAAAUUGGUGCUGGACCAGGCCUGGUUUCCAUUGUGGCCAGUAUUUUAGGAGCGCAAGUCACGGCGACGGAUCUGCCCGACGUCCUAGGAAACCUUCAGUACAAUCUCUUGAAGAACACAUUAAAACGUACAGCGCAUCUGCCCGAAGUGAGAGAACUGGUUUGGGGGGAAAGUCUGGAGCAACGCUUCCCCAGGUCAUCGUUUCAUUACGACUACGUCCUAGCCUCGGACGUGGUUUAUCACCACUACUUCCUGGACAAGCUGCUCGCCACCAUGGCGCACCUCUGCCAGCCGGGGACGGUGCUGCUUUGGGCGAACAAAUUCAGGUUCAGCACCGACUACGAAUUUUUAGAUAAAUUCAAGCAAGUUUUUGAUACAACGCUCUUGGCUGAAUUUCCAGAGGCAUCGGUCAAAAUUUUCCAAGGAAUACUAAAAUGGGAUUAG